AUAUAAAACAUAUACACAACUUUUAAAAUGUAGCGGGUCGUGAAAUAGGGAUUACGGAGACUAUAAUAGACACACGUACAAUAGAAAAGGGAUUAAAAUAUACGUUGUGCAAUGCAAAUAACACUUUCGUCACUCUCCGUUCAAGUACAAAUGUGUAGUGAAACAUGCAUGUAAACUUUACAACAACAUUUCAAUGUGUUUACCUGUAUGGUGUAGUGAAUAUAUGAAAGACCUUGAUGUCAAUUUUUUGAUAAACAUAUUGUCUCCCAGCUAAAUAAAUCAAAAAGAUGCGAAAGAACAAAUUAUCGAUAACCAUUUAGUUGGGAGUGACAAUUAUUCGUUCAAUUUAGACCACAUGCUUCCGGCAACGAUAGAAAUAUUGCUGGAUAUUUAUGACAACAAAAAGAUCAAAUUUGUGACUUUUAAAGGUGUCAGUGAUAUUUGUUGAACAAUGAAGUUUUUUGAUAAAUUCUCAAGGUUUUCGUUUGCUGCGAUUGUCGUCAUUAUAAUUAGUGGGAUUGUAGAAAUAGUUGCCUUAGCAACACCAUAUUGGACAUUAUCUAGUACGCAAUCGUUAGGAAAUAUUGGACAUUCCGGACUUUGGUUAAAUUGUAGACGAACACAAGCUACUGUGGUGACGACUGUUUCCUGCUCUAGUUAUGCAGAUGCAAUUGCAGGAUGGAUGGUUGCAGUGAGGGCAUUGAACGUGAUAGGUAUGAUCUUCGGGAGUGUUGCUCUGGUAUUCAUGGGAUUAUUUACAUUUCUUUAUUCAGAGAAAUGGAACAAAAUUAUCAGAAGUUCAGCACUAAUAAGUGCUUUACUUGCAGGUUCUUUAAUCAUUAUCGGUGCAGUCCUGUAUGGAGUCUCUGUUAGCCAAGGGAAAGCUCCAGUCCCAUACCAAGUCGUUAGUGCUAAAUAUAUACAUUCACUUUCUUGGUCAUUUGCGCUGAGUUUGGUAGCUGCAAUAUUGUUUGUUAUUAGUGGUGUAAUGAUGGGAUUUUCCAGAAAACCACGGAUAAAUAGCUAAAUGAUUUGAAUCACUCGAAACGGAUCCGGACAGCAUGGACUAUUUUUGUUACAUUCGAAUAUUACCGCGUAUUGGAAGGAUAAAUAUUGAAAUGAACAUGGAUCAUUCUAAAUACCUAAGAGUAAGGAGAAAUAAAACGGCUCACAUGUUAAAUGAUGAGCUAAAAUACUGGAUGUUAAAAAAAAUUCAUUUAAACUGUCACAGACAGAGCCUCCAUAAAAUUAAUGUUGAUGUUAAGUCUGAACGAAAAUAUUGUAUAGAUUAGUUCAUUGUUUGCAAUGAAACACCGUUAUUUCCCAGUCAAAUGAAACCGACAUUUCACAUGUGAAAUAAAAUCAUAUAUCUUAAAGCCCAUGUCGUCAUACAAACACUGAAGGUAUUGUCAAGUCGUUGUCACAAAAUUUGCAUCAAAGUGAAACGAGAACGUUUAGAAAAAAGAUAUAACUCUUUGCAAUUUCUUCUCUAUUAACACGAAAAGUUAUAGCAAUCAAAAGAAUAGCCGAGCAACAUUCACUCAUAUAUACGCGUGUGCAUUAAUGUGUUGUUCGGUCAUGGUUGAAUAUUUUCCACAUUCCAGUUUUUUUAUUAGUUAUUCUCUAAUUAAUGUCAUCUUUUUAUUUAGGCCUUAAUUUUAUCUAUAUAUUAGAAUUCGGAUGACAGAAAGGCAAAAAAUUAAGAAUAUGGUAUACUACAUAGGUUCUAUUUAUAUAAUAUAAGAUACUAGUUGAAACUUAAAGAGCACAAUGAACUGUAUCUUAACGGAAAAGAAGGAACAUGGCAAACACCGAAGCAAAACAACAGGGCUUUUUAGCUGUUUUUCAUCGUAAAAUUACAGCUUGGCUUUAUAAAUAGUGAAACAUUCAAAACUCCAUGCAAAUACAAGGCCUCAUGCAACUUCGUUCACCUGUCAGAGUGGAAUAUUAAUAUUGAAGAACUGGAAACUGUCCAUGUUUUCAGACAAUUAACAAAAUGAAACAAUGUCGAAUCAAUAGAUGUGUGUUCUUCUAUUAUUUUUUUCAUCCAUUUACUUUUUAAGUCGAGAAUAAGCGACAAUAUGGGUAAAGUUCAGUCAUUAUAAUUUUAUGAAGAAAAGACUUCUUUAUAUGUGACCGAACAGGCAUCGCAGUGACAAAGAAAUGUUCUAUUUUAAAGGCACACAUGUGUACUGAUUGAUAUUUUGUCUUGGAUACAUGAUUUUUGUAUUAGUUGUUAUUUGCUACUAGCAUGGAACUAGCUUGCAGUAACUGCUAGUACUUUCACGUAGGUACUUUGUGUCUUUAGUGUUUUUAUUAAUUGUUUUGUUUGUGCUUUGUAACGAUCAGAUGAGUCAGCCCUUUUCAACUGU